CCGCGCCACAGGUUGCCAGAGCCCAGAGGGGCUAGUGGGCAUAUAUACAGAGGAGAGGAGGAGGUGCCUGUCAUCAUUCAAUUGCGGGAACACCGAACGCUGCUCCUGGAAGACGAUUUUAUCCCCUGCUCUCCCUCGGCUAUACUUCAUUCCAAAAUGCGUGAAUGCAUCUCCAUCCAUGUGGGUCAGGCUGGUGUCCAGAUGGGAAACUCAUGCUGGGAGCUCUACUGCUUAGAACAUGGCAUUCAGCCUGAUGGCCAAAUGCCCUCUGAUAAGACUGUUGGCGUGUGUAAUGACUCCUUCAACACCUUCUUCACCGAGACUGGUUCUGGAAAGCAUGUUCCAAGAGCAGUGUUUGUGGAUCUAGAACCCUCCGUCAUUGAUGAAGUGCGUAGUGGAAUUUAUCGUCAGCUUUUCCAUCCUGAGCAACUGAUCAGUGGCAAGGAGGAUGCUGCUAACAACUAUGCUCGUGGGCAUUAUACCAUUGGAAAGGAGUAUGUUGACAUUGUUCUUGAUAGAAUACGCAAGCUGGCUGACCAAUGCACAGGCCUUCAGGGCUUCCUGAUAUUUCGCUCAUUUGGUGGCGGCACCGGUUCUGGUUUUGCCUCCCUCUUGAUGGAACGCUUAUCAGUUGAGUAUGGGAAAAAGAGCAAGCUGGAAAUUGCAAUCUAUCCUGCUCCCCAGUCUGCAACUUCUGUUGUUGAGCCUUACAAUUCCAUCUUGACAACUCACACUACCCUCGAACACUCUGACUGUUGUUUCAUGGUUGACAAUGAAGCCAUAUUUGACAUUUGCCAGAGGAACUUAGAUGUUAGCCGCCCAACCUACACUAAUCUUAAUCGCCUUAUUGGUCAAAUUGUGUCUUCCAUUACAGCAUCCUUGAGAUUUGAGGGUGCUCUGAAUGUUGACUUGACUGAAUUCCAAACAAAUCUAGUUCCUUACCCAAGGAUCCAUUUCCCUCUAACAACCUACUCUCCUAUUAUAUCUGCUGAAAAGGCAUACCAUGAACAGUUGUCUGUAGGAGAGAUCACCAGUGCCUGCUUUGAACCAGCCAACCAGAUGGUUAAAUGUGAUCCACGACAUGGGAAGUAUAUGGCCUGCUGCCUCUUGUACAGAGGUGAUGUAGUGCCAAAGGAUGUAACUGCUUCCAUUGCUAAUAUUAAAACCAAGAGGACCAUCCAGUUUGUUGACUGGUGCCCCACUGGCUUCAAGGUUGGCAUUAAUUAUCAGCCACCAACAGUUGUGCCAGGUGCCGAUUUGGCAAAGGUUUCCCGUGCAGUGUGCAUGUUGUCAAAUACAACUGCCAUUGCUGAGGCAUGGGCUCGCCUUGACCACAAGUUUGACCUAAUGUAUGCCAAGCGUGCCUUUGUUCAUUGGUAUGUGGGUGAAGGCAUGGAAGAGGGUGAGUUUUCAGAAGCCCGUGAGGAUUUGGCUGCCCUUGAAAAGGAUUAUGAAGAAGUUGGCAUAGACACUGCUGAUGGUGAAGAUGAUGAAGAAGCUAAUGAUUAUUAGAUGGUGUGAACCAAUUGUGAGUUUUUUACAUUAGAUCCUUUAAUGUUUUCUGUACUACUGUAUUUCUAAAUUUAUGGUACAGGUAACUCGCAUUUUACGAGCGUUUGAUUUCAGCAUUUUUGGAAUAACACGAUUGUUCAGUUAACACCAAAAGCUAAUUUACGUGCACCUAUUUUUUAAGUAACGCGUUCAAGACAGUUAUAUUUGCCGCGCGUGUACGCCUGGCAGUGGAGUCGCGUGUAAUGCCUGGUGAGGUGCUUGUAAGUUAUUACAUACUAUAAAGUCGCAGUCAUAUCAACAUCAACAAUAUUAAUAUUAUUAUUA